AUGGAGCAGCCAUCGGCCUCGGAUCCCAUGGGAAACCCUGUCUUGGGCCAGGGAACAACCACCGGAGGCGUGAACUGGGUCGGAUUCCUGGCAGAGCAAUAUAACAAGACCUUGGUGCUUGCCUAUGACCUUGCUGUCGGCGGCGCGACCAUCGACAACGCUAUCGUUUCAGGCUUUAUGUAUGACAUGGUCUGUCAGAUAAAUACCUUUAAUUCGGUUUACAAGGGUAGCCCUCCGUCCGCACCGUGGACGUCUUCGGACUCUGUCUUUGCUUUCUGGAUUGGAGUGAACGACGCUGGCGGCUCGUAUACGAACGCCGACCCCCAGAGUAUCACCACCACGCUGACGGCCCGCCCCAUGUAUCAAGCUGAAGGGGAAACCGUCGUGCAGGAAAUGGCAAACUACCUCACCGUGUUCAACCAGGCUAUCGCGAACAUAGUGACCAAUUUCGAGCAAACAUACACGAGUACGACCGUGGUGCUCUACGAUACUUUUACGUUCAUGUCGGCCAUCCUCGCAUCGCCGACAGCGUACGGAUACGCCAGUGAUGACGCAGCUUCAUGCUACAAUGCAGACGGCAUCACUUGCGUAUGGUGGAAUAAUCUACAUCCUGACCAAGUAUAUCACCAGCUGAUGGCCUCGGACAUGGCAUCUCAUAUAUCGCCUCUCGGUGGAUGGUGA